GCACGCUCGUGGCAGAGAUCCAGAGGUCGAGCGGUGUAGGGGUAUUGCAAGCAGACGAUAUUGUGUGGACGAAAAGGGAAGCGAAAUGUUCUUCCAGUUUAAUAAUUUCACGGGGAGACUCACCGGCUCCACACACAUGCAUCCAUAUUUCCCUGUGAGUGCACAGCCACUGGAAAGGAAGGAACCUCCCAAGAUAAUAUUUCACAGCAAAAAUGAACAGAUGGCACGGGUUGCACCACCAGUUAGACAUGCAUCACAAAACCUUAUUCCAGGCACAAGUACCCCCUAUGGUCCUGUACCUGAGAAUCUGCGGCGCAAGAUGGAACAUUUUCAGAAACGAGAUGGUGUUCCAGUUCAUCUGAAAGGUGGUCCUAUGGACAGAGCCUUAUUUGGACUCACAGUAGCCUUGUGUGCUAUUGGACUGUUUGAAAGUUUCCGCUUCUACUAUAUAAUGUCUACACCAAGGAAAUAGACAUGGAUAAAUGCUAGUGUGUUAAUAGUAGGAAACAAAAAUGUAAAUCAUUCGACAAAAACUGUGGAGAGACCCCAUGAGUCAUACGUGAUUAAUAUUGUAAAUAUUAUUUAUUGAAAUAAAUGGAGAUGUAUUAUUCUUCUACAA